AGUGCGUUGGGCUUUAAUUAAAUUAGAGUCGGUGAGCUGGGAUAGGCUGGGAGUUCUCUCGGUCCAGACAGCAGGACAUCCGACGUGGACCAUAAACCCGCAGAAACAGAGAGACAAACCAGCGAAUGACCAGAAGUCGAUGCUGAAACUUGAUCAGAUAUUCUGCCGCGGGACUGAACGCUACACUGUAUCUGUUUUUAGUCUGAGAUCAUUGCAACAUGCCACGGCGGACUGUACAAGAAGUAACUGUUCAAGACGUGCAGAAGAGAAGAAACCCCAACAAACACUAUGUUUACAUUAUCAAAGUGGCUUGGUCUGAUGGCAGCACUGAGAUCAUUUUCAGGCGCUACAGUAAAUUUUUCGACCUUCAGAUGGAGCUUCUGGAUAAAUUCCCUGUGGAAGGUGGACAGAAAGAUCCAAAACGCAGAAUCAUUCCCUUUUUACCAGGAAAGAUUCUCUUCAGAAGAAGCCACAUUAGAGACGUGGCCAUGAAACGCCUGAAACCCAUAAACGAGUACUGUAGGGCCCUGAUCCAGCUGCCAGUGUAUAUUUCCCAAUGCGAGGAGGUUCGUUUGUUCUUUGAGACGCGUCCUGAAGACCUGAACCCACCAAAAGAGGAACCCAGUGGAAAAAAGAAAUCAGGAGGAGACUCGUCCUCAGCGGACCCGCUGCUGCUGGAUCAGUACGUGGCCGUCACUGACUACGAGAAGCAGGAGAGCUCUGAGAUCAGUCUGUACGUGGGGCAGGUGGUGGAGGUCAUCGAGAAGAAUGAGUCUGGUUGGUGGUUUGUUAGCACUGAGGACGCUCAGGGUUGGGUACCAGCCACAUGUCUGGAGGCUCAGGAUGACCCUGAUGAUUUCUCACUCCCGGCAGAAGAAGAGGAAAAGUACACUGCAAUCUAUCCAUACUCUGCACGUGAUCAAGAUGAGAUUGAUUUGGAAAGAGGCAUGACUGUUGAGGUUAUUCAGAAAAACUUGGAAGGCUGGUGGAAGAUCAGAUACCAAGGAAAAGAGGGCUGGGCCCCGGCAUCCUAUCUGAAGAAGGCUGAUAUCCUCAGUCAGAAGAUGGCUGCUGGCGCUCCAGUUCAUGCCAGCGCUAAUGACCUAGAAGUGGCUUGCAAACAGCAGAAUGCCAACAAAGAAAACAAGGAGAAUCAGCGCGACCGAUUUUCUCCAUUUUCAGAAAGCAAGCGCAAAGCAGGAGCGAGACAGAGACCCCCACCACGCCGUGAUCUUUCUAUACCGCGAGGAGUGAAUCUGCCUAAACCUCCAGUGCCCCCACAAGUAGAGGAGGAGUAUUACACCAUAGCUGAUUUUCAGACAACCAUCCCAGAUGGCAUUAGCUUCCAGGCAGGACUGAAAGUUGAAGUCAUUGAGAAGAACUCUAGUGGCUGGUGGUACAUUCAGAUCGAAGAUAAAGAAGGCUGGGCUCCAGUCACAUUCAUUGACAAAUACAAGAAGACUAGCAAUGCCAUUAGGCCUAACUUUUUGGCCCCACUUCCUGGUGAGAUGGGUCAGCUGAAGCUUGAUGAUGCCUCAAGCAAUAAUACCAACUCUGAGCAUAGUUGGUCCAAACCCCUGCCAGACGAACCUCCAUCCAACUCUGAUUUUUCCACCCGUUCCAAACUGAGGGAUUGGAAGCCCAAUGCAGUUAAAGGGAGCUCUCAUUUUUCAGGGCCCUUACCUCCUCCUCCUCCAUCCUCACCCAUGGCUGAAGAGAAGCCAGCUUUACCGCCAAGGAGAGAAUCCAUCAACAAGAGCCUGGAACUGGAGGACAAACCCAAAGCAGACCUUGCUAAACCUCUCCCACCCAAACCACCAGCCCCAGGAGUCAUCGUCCCAUUUGUGACUCCAAAAGCUGCUCCUGUCAAGCCAGACAAACCCCCAGAGAUGAAGAAGGAGGAGAAGAACAAGCAACUCUACCUGCGCAAUGAGAUGGGCUUGGAGUGUGGCCACAACAUCUCAGCCAAGGAGGUGAAGAAGUUCAACCUAAAGCAUGUACCCAAGCAGCCUCCCAAACCCAAAGCAGAUUUGAGUGAAGAGAAGCUGGAUUCGGCCAACCCAGCCCCAUUCCUCAAGCCGAAACCAGUGGUCAGACCAAAGCCUGCCCCUGCAGCCAAACCAGAGUCAGUGGCCAAGAAUGAGCUGGACAUCACAAACCUUCGGAGUAAGCUUCGUUCAUCUAAAGCUCCAGAGUUUAGCGGCAACUCGAGUGAUCCCAACCAGCAGAGUGAUACUCCCCCGAAUAAUGGCAGAACAAAUGAAGAGACAAAGUCCCCCGAUAAACAACAAAAUGGCCAUGACCCAUCAGAACAGACUAAACCACCAACAACAGCACCAAAAGAGGCUCCCCAAAGGCCUUCUGUGGCACCUAGAAGACCUCCUCCACCAAAGAAGACCUCUGAGCCAGCCAGUCCUACAGACACCAAAGCUCCCCAAAAAGACUUGCCAGAGGCCAAGCCGGCCAUCCCUCCUCAGAGCAGACCCCCACCACCCAAAACUAAAGCAAAAGACAAGGAGAAGGAGGAACCCAAGGCCAAAGUACCUGUGCCACCAAAGCCCCCAAUUAAGAACGAAAGAAGCAGGGAAUCAGGGAGUGAGAGAGUCAAACUUCUUAUUAUUGUCAAGGACAAGGAGGAGGUGUUGUUGUUUUUGGCUGUGUUUGAAUUUGAAGGGGAGACGCCUCACUUUAAAGAGGGCGCUGUUUUCGAAGUUCUGGAGAGAAGUAGCAGCGGCUGGUGGUUUUGUAAAAAUGUGAGCGAUGGGCCAGUGAUGGAGGCCUGGAUCCCUUCCAAUUACCUGACCAAAAAACCUUAGGUACUCUUGACAUGGCUGCCUAAAGAAAACUUAUUUAAUUAACAUCUUUUAUUUAUGGGUACCUUUUUUAAAAAUGACAUUCCAUCCUUUGCAAGUUCAAACAGGCCAUAAUAAUUUGUUUGCUUGCUUUUUUGUAACUCUUUUCCCUUUUGGGGAAAACCAUGCGUGCUUUCAUAUUUUAGCACUGAACAUCAAGGUCCUUGUCUAUUCGUAUGUUAAUCAAACCUUAUAUGUAUCGCUAAAGGUUUAAGUGACUAGCAAUAUAUUAUGACUUUUCGCAGCCUCCAUGAUAUUGUGCCUCAGUAUAAUAUGCAAAGCGUUCUUUGCUUUCGACGUAGAUUAUGCAAAACGUGAUAUCUGUUAGCAGAUUAGAAACAGAGUAUGAUUCUAUAUUACAUAUACUAUGAGACUGUAAACGUAGCGAAAGCCUGGUGAAGUUGUUAAUCAAGCUUCCCAAUGCUACAUUUCCACUUUGACGCUUUUAGUUUACAGAAAUUGGUCUGCUUUCUGGUUCGAACACUACAAAAGUCAAAUCAUGUUGCUUAUUUGUCUACUUUAUUGAGGAAAGCGAAGGUGCAGAACAAGGAGAAACAAGAAACUUUACACAUGGCCUUAAGGUUUACAAAACAGUGGCACCCAUUUCUCGUUUCAUUUUCAUCACGUGAAUGUGAAUUGAAUUUUUUAUUUUUAAAAAAAAAAAAACAACCCCCUUUAGCAGUACCAAUCAUAUACAUUAGUGAAUAA